AUGUCUCUUGUAUCCUCCGCAAGAUUCAAAGUCACCAAGCUCCUCAAGAAAUUCACCACCAAAGAUGGGCUCGUCGGUGACUAUGACUACCUCUACUUGUUCACCCCAAAAAUCCCGUUCUUCUCCAAAGACAAAAUCCAACCGUUCUUCCCCUUGGACGCAGAAAUGCCAGUGUUCCUCGGGUUCCUCCUAGGUUUACAACACGCCUUGGCCAUGUUGGCUGGGGUGGUGUCGCCUCCCCUUCUUAUCUCCUCCGCCGCCAACUUGGACACAGAAACUACCCAGUUCCUCGUGUCUUGCUCCUUGAUCACCUCUGGUAUCCUUUCAGCCAUCCAAAUCACCAGAUUCCGCAUUUACGGAACCCCUUAUAGCAUCGGUACUGGGUUGCUUUGUGUCGUGGGUACCUCGUUCACCACCAUCUCUAUUGUCUCCAAAGCGUUCCCAAUCAUGUACAAAGACGGCACUUGUCCGGUCAGUGAAGACGGUACCAAGUUACCUUGUAAAGACGGUUACGGUAUGGUUUUGGGUACCACCUGUUGUUGUGCGUUGUUGGAAAUCGCCGGUUCAUUUUUACCUCCAAAGCUCUUGCAAAAAGUUUUCCCUCCAAUCGUUACUGGUCCAGUGGUGUUGCUUAUCGGGGUCUCAUUGAUCCAAUCUGGUUUCAACGACCUUGUCGGUGGCUCUGGAUGUGUUGGUGAAGUUUGUCCAUCGGCUACCGCUCCUAUUCCUUUGACUUGGGGUUCGGCUCAAUUUAUUGGUCUUGGGUUCUUGGUCUGGAUGGUGAUUGUGAUUUGCGAAAAAUGGGGGGCCCCAAUUAUGAAAUCUAUGGCCGUCAUUUGUGGGUUACUCGUUGGUUGUAUUGUUGCUGCUGCCUGUGGUUAUUUCGACAGAUCCGGUAUUGAUAUCGCUCCAGCCGCCACUUUCUUGUGGGUUCAUACUUUCCGUCUCAGAGUUUACGGACCAAUCGUUUUGCCACUACUUGCGUUAUUCAUCGUGUUGAUGAUGGAAGCCAUUGGUGACAUCACUGCCACCUCUGAUGUCUCAAGAUUGCCAGUUGAAGGUCCUGAAUACGAAUCUCGUAUCCAAGGUGGUAUUUUGGCCGACGGGCUCUCUGGGAUCUUAUCCCCAUUGUUUGGUUGUACUCCAAUGUCCACUUUUGCUCAAAAUAACGGUGUUAUUUCCAUCACCAAAUGUGCCAGUAGAACUGUCGGUUACUGGUGUUGUUUCUUUUUGAUUAUCAUGGGGAUUUUCUCCAAGUUUGCUGCCGCCAUCGUUUCGAUUCCAAAAGCCGUAUUGGGAGGUAUGACCACCUUCUUAUUCACCAGUGUCGCGUGCUCUGGGUUGGCGAUUAUUUCCGGAUUGGAAUUCACCAGACGUGAUAGAUUCGUGCUUACUGCUUCGUUGAUGUGGGGUUUCGGGGCCACUUUGGUUGGCGAUUGGUUUGACACUUUCUUUGGUUACAAAGGUGAAAACCAUAGUUUGACUGGGUUGCUCAAUGCCGUGAUCUUGGUUAUGGAAACCGGGUUCGCCGUCACCGGGUUCAUUGCCGUGUUUUUGAACUUGUUGAUUCCUCAAGAAGCAGAUGAAGAUGACAGUGAAGAAUUGGUCAGUGUUCGCUCUACCAGAAGCAGACUUGUUGAUGGUACAGAAGUCACUCCAAAGGAUGAAUUCAUUGGUGAAGAAGAAAAAGCCAAAGAAAGUGCAUGA